AAUAAGAAGAAGAAAUGAGAAAAAGAAGAAUGUCAAAGUGGAGAAAUUCAAAAGUCCCUUUAUUGCAAAUUUUCGCGAAAUUGUGAGAAGUGCAGCCUGCGAAGUGCCUUGCAAAGAUGCCAGAAACCACGGAAGCAGUGACUUCUGUGCGAAUUGUGAGCGUGGACCACUAUCUGGCGCCACCAAAUCCCAAAUUCGAUGUUGCGUACUCGGAAUUCCGCGGCGCCGCUGUGAAGCGGGUGCCCGUGAUCCGGGUGUUUGGUUCCACGGCCAAUGGUGACAAAGUCUGUGCCCACGUUCAUGGGGUCUUCCCGUACCUGUACGUUCCUGUGGAGUCGGGGGAGUCCGAUGCAGCUUUGGGGCAAUUUGCAUACCAGAUCACACACGCCCUGGAUCGAGCACUCAGUGUAUCCCAGGGCAGACUCACCAGCACAACGCAGCACAUCUUCAAGGCAGUCCCAGUGCGUGGCAGACCCUUCUAUGGCUACCACGCGAGGGAUCAUCUCUUUCUCAAGGUUUACUUCUACAAUCCAGCAAUGACAAAGAGGGCAGCCAAUCUCCUGCAGAACGGCGCUAUUUGUGGGCGAGUCUUUCAGGCUCAUGAAUCCCACGUUCCCUACAUUCUGCAGUUCUUCAUUGACUACAACUUGUACGGGAUGAGCUUCCUCCAUGCCAGCACAAAGAGUGUCCGCUUCCGGUCUGAAGAUGAAGAAGAUCUCCCCCGUAUGGCCACAACUCGCGUGGAAAUGGAUAUUCUGGCCAGUGAAAUCCUCAAUAGAACAAAUAUUCCGGGAUGUGUGUCUGAGCAUCAAAAUCCAGGCAUUGCUGCUAUUUGGGAUGAUGAAUUGCGACGACGAAGGGCAAUGAAUGUGGCUGAUUUACCCCCAAUUGAAGUGCCAGAAUCUCAGGAACGCAUUAAUGUACAUCCCACAGAUACAGAUCGAUCUUUCCGGGAGAUUCUCAUGCGGAAAUUUAUGUCAAAGAGCAUGGAAAUGAGUUCGGAGGAGUCUCCGGGCGCAGUUCAAAGUGGGCGGAAGUUUAAUCUUUCAGCUCUUCUCAGUAAUUCAGUCUACCCCGCAAGUUGUCCGAAGGAAUUGCGACUCCCCGAGGCUUCCAUGGUUCCUGAUCAUAUUUUCGGGAAGGAGAGUACCUUUAAGUGUUCCGAAGAUGAUGAAAAGAGCUUCCUGGAUGCUUCAUUUGUCGAUGAGAAUAUUAUUUUGAGCCUCGAGGGACGAUCUCAGAGUCAAAAUGUUACGCUUGAUGAGGAUGAUAUGAAAUUGCUGGAGAUAAUGCAGCAAUUGGAGGAGAAUGACGGUCGUGCAAUUGAUCUUGACAGUACUCUAGCACCGCUAAGUCAAAAAUCAUUUAGUUCUCAAAUGAAAAAACUAACUCCGAGUCAGGAGAAUAAAGUGGACUGUGAUGGCAAUGAUGAGGAUCUCAUUGAGGAUGAAGAUCUCAUCAAUGAGUUCAAUGAGACGAUGGAAUUUGUCGAGAGGGGUGCAGUGGAUGGGAUUCCACAGCUCGAUGGUGAGCACGAAGUGCAAAAGCAGAGCCCCACGAGAUUGCUCAAGAAGGGAGAUAAUUUUUCCAAGGAGAGCCCAAAGAGAACGUCAAAAUCACCCAAGAAAAAUCACUACGCACCGUUGGAUUUAAUUCUAACAUCCCCAUCUGGUACAUCAAAACGGAAAAGAUCCGCGGAAUCAGUAUCACCGAUAAAGUUCAAAAGUAUCCUAAAGACUCCUUCCAGUGCCACACCAAAUGGCCAUGCGGGGAGUGAACCAGCGAAGAAGAAGCUCAAAUUCAAUAAUGUUGUAAUUGUCAAUGGAUGCUUUACGCAAGCUCUGGAUUUUACGCCAAAGCGUCAGCACAAAGAUUUGGAAGUAAGCAAGAGUUUCAAAACAAAACUCGAAACAUCUCCAAUAAAUUCGAUGAAUUUUGCGAAUUUAAAGGAAAAAUUCGGCAUAACUGAAUGCAAAGUUCUCUUAAAGCGGAUAGAUGUUAGUGCGUACAUUGACAAUGAGAAGAUCACGCCGAAAAAGAAAGACUCCCCGAAGGUGGAAAUGAAGAGAAUCCGCAGGAGAAGUGUUACAAAUGAUGAAUAUAAAUUUAUUAUUAUUAAUUCUCCAAAUGUUCACGUUCAGCGGUUGGAGCAGGAAGAUCUCGAUAGAGCUCUGGGGAGUGUGCAGGAGAAGGAAAUGGCUGAGAAGGAGGAUAAGGCACGACCACCUAAUGAUAAUGCGCACAAGUAUGACAUGGAGCAUAAUUUUUUUCCCAUCGCCGGGCCGUCUAAUGUGAAUUACUACGACGCCACGGACAUCCCGACGCACUACUACGGGGCGAAGGAGGGUGAAGAUGGGGAAUAUGGGAUGGAUGAUGGGAUGAAUAGUUUCUACGACAUGACGGUGUGCUUGGAUAAUACGGAUGAUGAAUUGAGUGCAUUUGCGCGGGAACAGGAAGCAAUUCUGACGGAUGUAAUGGGAUCGGAUGGUGGGACGGAGGAACCUGAUAGAGAUAUAAAAAUCUACCCACUGUCAUCACCGCCAAAUCCACACCAUGUGCGUGAAACGAUGCAUGAGUAUGGCAUUGAGGAGCACACAUACCCCCAACCCUUCUUCAGUGAUCCCAUUGAUGUGGCACAGAGCUCCCGGAAGGAAGUGGGGCAGUCUGUGCUUCAGGUCAAAGGGAAUAAUGCGCUGAGUAUAUGCGAAGAAUUCAUCAGUUGCCUCGAAGAUCUUCAAGGUCUCUCCAAGUGGCGACAGAAGAAGUUCCAAAGCGAAAUGGGAGACUUUGUGGAAGCGAGUGACAAAGUUAACAUCCGCGAAUGCAUGGCAACGGAAAAGGCGGCCAUAAUUGAGCCACAAACCUCCCCACCAAGCAUAGCUGAAGCCAGAACAUGGCUAAAAGUGCGCGAGAAGGUUUCCUCGGCGAAAAUAACAAUGGAAUCCGUGGAAGUUGAUAGUCCUGUUAAAGUUAAACGUGAAAAACAAAAGAUGAAUGUUGAAAAUUCUCAACAAGACAUUGAGGAAUGCAGCAGUUCAAAGGCACGUUGCUCACUUACAUUCAAAAGUGAUCCAUUUGGUGAUGAUUCUCAAAUUGUUGAAGCAUCACCAUCAUCAUUGGACGCGUCGAAAGACGAGAAGAGUUCCCUGAAGAAGCGUCUCUCCUAUGCAACGCGUCGACUAACGCGGAAAACUACCCACGAGAAGGUUCGCAAUGGACACGGAUCUCUCGAGGAACUCUCCGCGACAACUUCAAUGGAGAAUAAAUUGAUUAGUGAAUUAAUGGAGAGGAAAUCCUACCUAAAGACUCUCAAUUUGUCCAGCAGUGAUGAUGCGCACGAUGUGAGCAGUCUCGAUGGGACUUUUGGAUUCAAAGAGGAUCUGGCAAAUAUGCGUAAUGCCAAAGCAUGCGUUGAGUACAACUUCCUCACGAUCUUCUCAAUGGAAUGCCACAUCCUCACACGUGGUGAUCUCUGUCCAAAUCCCGAUGUUGAUGGCAUUGUUGCGAUCUUCUAUGCAGUGCAAAACAACGUUCCGGAAGAUGAUAAAGUCCCAACGCACGUAAGCGGGGUAAUCAUUGACGAUAUGUUCAGCAAUGAUGCAGGACUACGACACUCUGGCCUGGAAAUCAAUGCAAUCCACGCCAAAUGUGAGAAGGAACUUCUUGAGAAGCUUGUCGACUUGAUCAAGUACUGGGAUCCAGAUAUCCUUCUAGGCUACGAAAUUGAAAUGCAUUCAUGGGGAUAUAUCAUUGAACGUGGUUACGUUCUCGGUGUAAACUUACCCAAUGCCCUAUCAAGACUCCGUGUUGCCAAUGAGGAAACAAAGAGAAGCGACGAUGAGAAGGACGAUGGUGUAGAGUAUGAGUCAGAGCUGAAAAUCUCCGGAAGGAUCGUCCUGGAUGUUUGGAGACUUAUGCGAGAAGAAAUAGCUCUGACUUCCUACACCUUUGAGAGUGUAGCCUAUCACAUACUCCAUCGACGGUACCCCAAAAGAUCCUACAGGGAACUAACGAAACUCUGGAAUAGCCCAAAGUCACGAUGGAUUGUCCUUGAAUACUUCCUUCUACGAGCAAGGGGAACACUUGAGAUCCUCGAUCAGCUAGAUCUAAUUGGACGAACGAGUGAACUUGCCAAACUCUUUGGUAUUCAGUUCUUUGAAGUCCUUUCGCGAGGAUCACAGUUUCGUGUUGAAAGUAUGAUGCUACGAAUGGCAAAACCACGAAAUUUUGUCUCAGUUUCACCGAGUGUGCAGCAGAGGGCACACAUGAGGGCUCCAGAGUACUUACCACUGAUCCUGGAACCGGAAUCACGUUUCUACGUUGAUCCUGUCAUAGUGCUGGAUUUUCAGAGUUUGUAUCCGAGUAUGAUGAUUGGGUACAACUACUGCUUCUCUACGUGCUUAGGGAGAGUGGAGCAUCUCGGAGAAUCGUCGGACCUCUUUGAAUUCGGUGCUUCUCAGCUCAGAAUAACACCGGAUCAGGUGAAAAAAUUCCUGGAGCGAGAUCUAAUAACAGUUUCUCCGUGUGGGGUGGUUUUUGUCAAGCCUCAGGUGCGAGAAGGUGUCCUACCGCGGAUGCUCAGGGAAAUUCUCGAUACGCGAUUUAUGGUGAAGAAAGCAAUGAAGAUCCAUUCAGCAGCAAGUCUCCAAAGGAUCCUCCAUUCAAGGCAGUUGGGACUUAAGUUAAUGGCGAAUGUUACGUAUGGGUACACAGCGGCUAAUUUUAGUGGACGGAUGCCGUGUGUUGAGGUGGGCGAUAGUGUUGUUAGUAAAGGACGUGAAACGCUUCAGAGAGCCAUUGCACUUGUAGAAGCUGAUCAGAAAUGGCGCGUGAGGGUAGUUUAUGGAGACACUGAUUCCAUGUUUGUCCUUGUACCGGGACGUUCACGAGAGGAGGCUUUCAGAAUUGGUGCUGAAAUUGCUGAAGCUGUAACAAAGGAUAAUCCAAAGCCGGUAAAGUUGAAGCUUGAAAAAGUCUAUCAACCGUGUAUUCUGCAAACGAAGAAGCGUUACGUAGGGUACAUGUAUGAGAGUCCUGAUCAGAAGGAGCCUGUGUACGAGGCAAAAGGAAUUGAAACAGUUCGAAGGGAUGGAUGCCCAAUUGUUGGAAAAUGUCUAGAGAAGUGUUUGAAGAUCCUUUUUGAAACCAAGGAUGUGAGCAUAGUUAAGCGCUACAUUUGUCGGCAGUUUACCAAAAUUCUCAGCGGAAAGGCAAAUGUUCAGGAUUUAAUUUUUGCCAAGGAGUUUAGAGGAGUCGACGGGUACAAGCCUGGUGCUUGUGUUCCUGCUCUUGAGCUCACGCGAAAAUGGAAGCAAAAUGAUCCAAGGAUGGAGCCAAGGAAAGGUGAACGGGUUCCCUAUGUGAUUGUCAAUGGACCACCCGGUCUUCCGCUCAUAAAACUAGUUCGGAGUCCGAGAGAUCUCUUAGCUGAUGAAGGACUAAAGAUUAAUGCAUUCUACUACAUACAGAAAGCCAUAAUCCCGCCUCUCAAUCGAUGCUUCCUCCUAAUUGGUGUUGAUGUGAACGAUUGGUUUGCAAAUCUUCCACGAGCUGCUACAUUUGUUCCAGCCUUAGCCGUGGAAUCAUCCACAAGGCUACUCAAUGGGAAGGGAGAGCAGAAGAAGAGCACAAUUUCGCAGUAUUUUGCCAAGACGAGUUGUGCUGCUGGCUGUGGGAAUCAAACAAGCAAUGGAAUCUGCGAGGAUUGUGCGAGGAAUCAUCCACAGAAGACUCUCCUAACUAUCUACAACAGGAUAUCCACGCUUGAACGGAAGUACGGAGGUGUUAUGAAGAUUUGCCAGAUGUGCUGCAGGGAUGAUAGAGAGACAAAUUGCUGCUCCCUCGACUGCCCUGUUCUGUUCAUUCGUACUCAAGCCUGGCGGGAGAGGAGGCAUGUGGAUUUUGCAAUGAAUGCCCUCGAGAAUCGCAUGUAGAUUUUUAUCAGUUUUAUAAUUUUAUUUUUCAUUUUUUUAAUUAUUAAAUAAAUAAACUGUGAUGCAGUUUUAAUUUUAA